CUUCAGUGUGAGAUUACUGAAACGUUUGUAUGAUAUCCUUACAUUGCCAUGGCGAACUAUUACCGAUGUCAAGUUAUACGACAUGGCCAUCUCAGCAGAAGGCUGGGGAUACGGAAUUCGGGAUUUAUCUGACAUAUGGCGGAGCUACGUGGAAUUAAAUGUUUUAUAAAGAGGAGGGUGUUUGCACCAGUUCAGGCAUACAGCUCAUAUUGUCAGAGAUGCUAGGCCUCUUUCACUGAAGCGCAGUUUCGAGUGGAAAAGCAGAUUCCCAAGUGAAUGAUUCAUAAAUAUUUCAGAAUUAUUGGCAGAGUGUUAUGGGAGGGAGAGAGGAGCACCAGUAAACGAGCAAAAUUUGUGCUAGACAUCUCUCCCAUGGUCGGUUGACAUAAUGAUUUGAUUUUCAAUAAUACCAAUGGAGAAAAGCUUGGUGAAGACAAAGGAAAAGUGUUUCAGUGCCAUUAUUGGAUUUUGCUAGAAUUUGGCGGCAUUGUUGCAGAAUGUGAAGCUGGAAGGCAGCAGUGUAGCUACGUUGAAGCUACAGGUCUCGUUAGCUGGAGCAUGGUGUAUUGGGGCUCGAGUACAUGUAUUGGAAUCAGCCUUGGAAUUACUUUGUAUUAUCUGACUGGCCUCUGUCAACAACUAGGCUGCAGUGACAACGGGUGGUGAUUAUAUCCCAGCAUUCUCGGCUGAAACUAAAUCCGCGAUCGUGACAAUGUCGUCUGCGUGUGAAGCUUUACCGCGGACGGAGGAAUGAAUGUGCGAUGCCGUUAUUGAUUUCCUGCAAGGAUGCCGUUACCUACAGUUCCUUGCAUGACUUGAUGCCGUGUUACCGUGAUUCAAUUUUAUGUGUUCACGUGUGACCAAACACCCGAGUUUUCUAUUUAUGCAGUAAUUCUGCAUCAAGCAAGCAUUUUCCAGCAUCAGUGACACAUAGCAUAUACCAUCAUGCCUGUUGGAAUAGCCCACGUUCCACAACACACAAGUGCUUCAUCGCCUAGUGGUAUGCCAGAGGGAGUUCAUACCGUCAAAGAAAGAUCAAGGAAGGUCUAUUUUUUUCAGAAAGCUGAAGGUGUAUCCCAACCUUGUCCAAGAAACAAAUCCUCUCUCUCCAUGAGAACAGGGACUUUAAAAUCGUGGAAAACUCAUUUUCAGAAAGCGGAAUUCUCGGGUAUCCAUUCCAAACCCUCUUUGAUGAUGCUGGGGCAAUUGGCGGUGCAGGUUGUGAUAGUCAUGUUUUUAUUCACUGACCCUGUAAUGGCAUGUUAUAAAUUUCCUCCAGGGAAGAAGAAUCCAUGUCAAGAUCACCCAUGUAACUUUGGUGCGAUAUGUGUCCCAUCCCUGGAUGGCACCUCACACAGAUGCACGUGUCAAAACCGCUGUGACUCGUACGGAGACAACGUCGGAAGUACGCCAGUUUGCGGGAACAAUGGAGUCGACUACAAAAACAUGUGUGAGCUGGAGAGAGCAGCAUGCACAUCCAUGAAAGAAAUCCGUGUCAAAUAUUUUGGAAAAUGUGACCCGUGCGAAGGCUUUCGUUGUGAGGAGCCCGAGGUGUGCCAUCUCGACAAACAGCGCAAGCCCAUCUGUCGCUGCAAUUUUCAAUGCGCUGACGUCUUUGAGCCAGUUUGUGCCACAAACGGACGAACAUACAGCAAUAAAUGCUUACUGCGCAGGGAAGCAUGCAAAGCUCGUAAAGACAUUGAUGUGUUAUAUUCAGGCGAAUGCACUCCAGGAAUAAACGUUAUCAGUCCUGGGGCUGUACAGGAUGAGUAUAAGACAGACGUAACUAACCCAUGUGACAAGAUUCGCUGCGGAGAUGAAGAAGAAUGCAGUGUUGAUCGGCAAGGACGUGCCUCCUGUGUGUGUCCUCCACCAUGCCAACCAGUUGUCCGGCAAGUCUGCGGCAAUGACAGCACGACAUAUGACAGCGAGUGCGAACUACGGCGACAAUCGUGUACACAGAAAGUGUAUGUCGUGGUAGUUCACACAGGCCCCUGUGGUCAUGACAUCCCCUGCCGAUCAUUCAGGUGUGACUAUGGUGCGAUGUGUGUGGUCAGACAUGGCCAGCCCUCCUGCCAGUGUCCAUCAUGCAAUGAGGAUUUUGACCCGGUGUGUGGCGAGGAUGGAAUCACCUACAAUAACGAGUGUAAACUCGGGCAGGAGAAGUGUCAACACCGGAUCAACAUCCGCAUCAAGCACAAGGGACCUUGCAAUGGUUGUGAAAAUGUGAAAUGUGACUUCCAUGCAGUGUGUAACAGCGAUGGGCGCCGCGCUGAGUGUGUCUGCAUCGAGAAAUGUACUGAUGUAAGAGAUCCAGUGUGCGGAGACGAUGGCAUCACCUACAAGAAUGAGUGUCUCAUGAAGGUCACAUCAUGCCGAUAUCGCAAGUUCGUCUCCAAGGCUUCCGGUGGAGAGUGUGGCAGAUGUUCUGGCAAAGUUUGCAGAUUUGGAGCCAACUGUGAGAAUGGUGCCUGUGUUUGCCCGAUCCUAUGUGAAACUACCCACAAACCAAUUUGUGCAACAAACGGUCAGACGUACGUGAACCGCUGCGAUAUGAAGCGUGCAGCAUGCGCGCAGAACAUGGAGUUGGACGUGGACCAUGAAGGGGAGUGCCCGGACCAUUCUGGAUCUGGUGAUGAGGGUUCUGGUGACUUCAUGGAGAAAUGUGACGACACAAGUUGCCGUUUUGGUGGCAUUUGCACAGCAGCUUGGGAUGGCUACUUUACAUGUGCUUGCAACUUUAACUGUGAAGCCCUGAGGUCCCCUGUGUGUGGCUCGGAUGGCAAGUCAUACCCUAAUCAAUGUCAGAUGAAGUACGAGUCUUGUCAACAACAGAAAGAGAUCCUUAUCCAGGACAGCGACAACUGUGAUGAGGUUGGCCCUGAGGAACCGUGUGAUGGCAACAUGCCGCUGGUGAACGAGGCAACAGGGGCAGACUACGACUGCAGCAGCGGGCGUGACAAGUGCCCCGCAGGCAGCUACUGCCAUCAGAGUCUCACCUUCUCUAAGUGUUGUGGAGAAGAAAUAGUUAUAUCUCAAUGCUCGGACACCCAAUAUGGCUGUUGUGCGGAUGAUUUGACUCCUUCCCCUGGCUUCAGAAAUAGUGGUUGCCCAGAAUACUGCCAUUGUAACAAUAUGGGCUCGUACAAGACCACCUGCGACCCUGUCACGCGUCAGUGCAGCUGCAAGCCAGGGGUCGGGGGUUUGCGCUGUGACCGGUGCCUGCCUGGCUACUGGGGGAUGCAACUCAUAGAAGAAAAAGGAAACGUUGGCUGUAUACCCUGCAACUGCAACAUGCGCGGUGCUGUUCGUGAGGACUGUGUCCAGAUGAGCGGCCGGUGCAUGUGUCGACCCAACAUCAGCGGCAUGAAGUGCAACCUCUGUCUGGACAAGAAGUUGCUUGGGCCCCUUGGUUGCAUAGCACAAACGCCCCCCAGAUCAUGUGCGGAACUGGACUGCCAAUUUGGCUCCAUAUGCAAGGAGAAGAACGGUGAACUCUUCUGUGACUGCAGCCAUUUCUGUUCCGGUUAUGAUGACGAGAUUGGGAAGAGUGUCUGUGGCAGUGAUGGCAAUAAUUUCCCCUCAGAGUGUCAGCUGCGCCAGUUCGGAUGUCAGAUGCAGCAGGAAAUUCACAUCCAGUAUUACGGCCAUUGUCGAGCAGCCCCAUCUAUAAGGACAACAACGCCAAUGCCGUCAACAACACGAUCUCGUAAAACAACUCGUCACAUCACGGGACCGAUACCACCAGAUGUGGAGGAUGUGGACACUGCAGGGACAGACCAGCCCUCCAUCCCUGAAGUGGAGACAGCUUGUGGCCUGAUGGGCAAGAUCGAUGACCUGUGUCUUGAAGACUCGAACUGCUGUGUGAACAACAGCCGCUGUCGACUUGGACUCUGCACCUGUUUCCAGGGUUACGUCCCUUCCAUCGACAACAGACAGUGCAUAGAAGUAUUUCGAACCGACUCUAUCAAAACGGAAGAUAUCGACAAUGCGUGCAUGCACUCUCCAUGUGAGAACGGUGGAGAGUGUGAACUUGACGACUCUCUUGGCUACCGCUGUGUCUGUCCUCUGGGCAAGACAGGACCACUGUGCAAAGAGGACAAUGCAUUUAGUGUGCCAUCAUUCAGUGGCAAGUCCUAUCUGAAGGUGCCACGGAUUCGCAAGGCCAACAAGAAUCUUAACAUCGAGGUGGUGUUCCAGACUCUCAACAAAGAUGGCAUCCUUCUCUUUAACUCUCAGAUUAAGAAUGGUUCCGGAGACUUCAUCUCUCUGGCCAUCAAGGAUGGAUUUGUGGAAUUCAGAUACAAUCUUGGGGGCGGUGAAUCAACCAUUCGCAGUAAGACACUUGUGACGCUGAAGAAGUCUCAUCGUGUGGUGAUCAAACGGAGAGGAGAGAAUGGCAUCCUCAUCAUGGACAACGAAGACCCUGUCUCAGGCGCCAGCGACCACACCCACACGUCACUCAACCUGGGAGAUCCACUCUUCGUUGGCUAUGUGCCAAAUGCUUUACCAGAUGUGUACAAGCGUAUCGGCGUGAGCCUGGGGCUGGUCGGCUGUAUUCACGUGCUGAAGGCCGGAAACGAGGGCAACCUUAGAGACUACAACUUGGAAUACCCAAACAGGAAUACUGACAUUGCCGAUGGCGCCGAUAUUGGUGAAUGUGGCAACAACCCCUGCAAGUCCAUGCCAUGUCUGAAUGAAGGAGCCUGUAUGAUGCAAGACCAGAGGAACUACCAAUGCCUGUGUAGAGAGGGCUUCACAGGGCUUCUGUGUGAAAUCCUGGUCGACCCCUGCGCGAGCCAGCCAUGCCAGUAUGGAGGAACAUGUAUAACGAUGGGUAACGAUGUUGGCUACGAAUGUCUGUGCACUGAGGGAAGGUCAGGAACCAGGUGUGAAAAAGAAUCGCUGAAACGUGUGUUUGUACCACAGUUUGCUGGAGACGCAUACAUGGAGCUCCCCCUAGAGGACAAUGUGGGCAAACAGCUCACGAUAGAAGUCUGGUUUAAGGCCUUCAAGCCAAAUGGCAUGAUCCUGUUCGCGACCCAGUUCAAUGGUGGCAAGGGUGACUUCAUCUCCCUCAAUAUGGUGAAGAGGAAGCUGCAGUUUCGAUUCUCCCUCGGAGACCGACCAGCGAAACUGGAAACCAGCAAUCACAUCCAUCUCAACAAAUGGCACCGAGUGGUGAUUACGCGCCUGAAUGAGAAUGGCCAGAUGACGCUGGACAAACGUCCGACUGUCAGGGGCAAAGCACCAGAACCUCCCCGAGCCAAGGGCACGAUGAAGGAGCUCAACCUCGGCCGACCUCUCUACAUUGGGGGUUACAAGGGGGAGUCUUCCCUCCCUGCUGGUGCUGAGAUCUCCGCCAACUUCUCCGGGGCAAUACAGAGGAUAACUAUCAACGGCAAGACCAUCGACAGCCUGAUGGAGUCUGCGGAGGAGAUGAGGAACAUUGAGGAGUAUGCAGGCGCCCCAUGCAACAUGAACCCUUGCAUGAACGGCGGGGUGUGUAUCCCCAAGCUGAAUGAUGCUGACUGCAGGUGCCCCCUGGAGUUCAUGGGGGAGAGGUGUGAGAAGAGAGCUGAACAUGUUGACAAGGACCAGCCUGUCAAGUUUGAUGGCAAUACAUACCUGCAGUAUCAAAAUGAGAAAACACAAAAAUCUCAAGCACAGAGAAACAACAACAUCAAAAUAAAGUUCCGGACAAAGGAGCGGAACGGUUUGAUUGCCUUCCAGAACAAGGGGACCAGUGUCAUGGGAGACUAUCUCGCUGUGGCCGUUGUCAAUGAACAUGUCGAGUUCAGUUUUAACCUUGGAAAACAGAGCGAGAAAAAUCUGUUUAAGAUCCGAUCUACAGUGGCUGUCAGUGAUGGAAAGUGGCAUAUGCUUACGGCCAUAAGAGAGCUGUCUGAAGGUCGUUUGCAGGUGGAUGACGAGACAAUGAUGUCGUCCAUGUCUGGUGCUGGAGCUUCACAACUGGACACUGAUGGAAAUCUGUGGAUAGGAGGUAAGCCCGACCUGCCAUGGGGACUGCCACCCGAGUACUAUUCUGGAUUCACUGGCUGCAUCGAUGAGGUUAUAAUAAAUCGGGUUGGCCUUCACCUUGUGGAAGACCGUGAGAGCCACAGCAGUACAAUUGCUUUUUGCUCAUAACUAAACGACAUGGUAGUCAUAAUGUCAUAAUAGGACAGCCUCACUUCUGGCGAUGCCCUUUCCCACCGUUGAAUAUUUCGCGAUCCCCAUCCUUCAAAGUUCAGGCCUGUUCUUUGAUGUGAACGCACUAGUACGUAAGGGCAAAUAUCUGUGGGAGCAGAGGAAUGGAGAGAACUCUGCAUCAAGAUUUGUUAUGCGGUGACCUGCAGCAUAUCACAACCCCCAAAAUAUGUGACCUUAACCUUCAGUUUGACAUGACCUCUGGGUCACGACCUUGACCUUAACAUGGUGUCGUAUACUGAGAAUUAUUCAUUUGUGAUUGUGAACACUUUCCUACAACAAACAUUGAUGCACAACCCUGUGAGCUAUGUUUAAUAGAUGCACAGGACAAAUUAUUGUGCCUUUCUUUCGGAUUACCAUGAGUGGAACAUUUCAAACCAUGUCCAUGGAACGUGGAAUAAUUUGACAUUUGAUUUUCAAGUGUGCUCUGAUGAGAAGAUUGAAGACAUUCAGAGUUGAUCAGGAAUCUUUUUUCAAAAUACCAAAUUUGUGUAUACCAAUAUCCAUCAAUUGAACAUUUUGAAUCCUAUGAAUAUUUUGUGAAAAAAAAUUCAAAGUAUGAAUAUAAAUUCAUUUAACAGUUUCUUAUAUCAGAGUAUAAACCCUAUACUAUUAUCACUAUAAAAUAUAUAACAUAAGUUAAUAUGAGCUUAUUCUUGUUACAAUCUACUUAAUACUUCACCAUACUAUUCAAGAAAACUUAUUAUGAUACUCAGGAGAAAAGUAACAUUGACCCAAAAUUACACAAUGACAUUAGUUUUGAGGAAACAUCAUAUUUGGUAUUAAAAUUAACCAUGGUUCCUUUCUCUUGAAUGGAUGGGAUAAAUGGGUGGUCAAAUCAGGUGUGUAUAGAGAGAGGGAUAAUGGAUUUGGGAAAGAAUGCUAAUCUUUGCAUGAUUGAGGCUUGAUUAGUAAGUAAUCAAUUUGUGAUAAUCAUGGUCAGACAGACACUUUGGAGGUUCAACAUUGGUAAUAAGAUCUGAAGAUCAAGGAGAUUGAAAACUAGAUUUAAUGAUAUUCUUGUGUGCCCCCAGCAAUCUAUGAAUUUGCAUUUUAAUUGUAUAUAUUGUGUUGUGUUGUAUUGCAUACAUCAUCAGUAAGCAAGACUGUUUUCCUAACUACUGAUGAUAUCAAGGCCAAGAAAAGAUAUGUAAAUCUGAACCAGUUCUAGGAAAGUAGUUUUAGAGUUACUUAUCAGUUGUAUAAACUGAAACAUUCCAAAGCAAAUAUUUUAGAAAUUGUAAAUAUGUUAUUCUUUGUUCUUUUCUUGGCCUAUAUUCACAAAUAUGUGUGGUUAUAAUAUUGUGAAAUAUGUCCCACUGUAGUAGCUGUUUUCGUUAAUUACGAACUGAGGGUCGGUAUUGGGUACUGAUGAUCGCGACAAGCAUUAUGUCAGUUAGUGCUUCGUCAUUAAACAGUAACAAGCACACGUUGAGUCAUUAUGUACAUGCACCAAUGACAGGAAAUUUAUCAUUACAUCAAUCCAGAAUAAACAGUGGUUUAGAAUGAGAUAGGUCAACACAUUGUUGAGUUGGUUUAGUUUUCUGUUAGUCAGGACCUACGUUUGGAACCCUCGUAAUCUUGACAUGUUGAUUUGUGGUGAGGACAGUUGAUGUAUUGUUGAGACUGUACCAUCAGCUUGAAAUGUGAUAUAUUGCACAUCUUACACAUGUACAUUACAUUGUAUAUUGCAUAGAUUCACCUAUGAUGUUGUGAAACCCCAUACCACAUUUAAUGAUGAAUCAUUUCAUGCUAUGGUCUGACUAUAACUGAUUAUUCCGGUCGUUGACCUUAGGACAUUUAGAAGUUGAAUACCAAAAACACGAACCAUCUAAUCAAUUUUUGAAAAAAUGGGUAUUCUUUGAUAUCAGUAAAAUGCAUCAAAAUUAACUUUGAUGAAUUUGUGAACAUCAGUUUGUUAUAUUCAUCUAAUUCAUACCUAUAUAUAUUUUUGUAUUUAUAAAGCAUUGCUGUAAGUGUUUGGAUGGUUGUAGCCACACUUCUAGAUCUUGCGAUAGUGUUCGUAGCUUCAGUUUUCACAAGUGAUGCUAGUGAGAUUAAAUUUUUGCUGAUGUAGCAUGGUGUGUGGGGUGGAGUCACCCCACGGAUGACAUCCUUACCUUGUCAGCUUGCUGACAGGGUACGCUUUUGGUCAUGUGGAGAAGGCGUCCGACCUUGGAUCAGGUCUGUGGUUUGAAACCCAUCACGGGACUCGAAUAUGUUGUGGCCGCUACGCUAAUAACAUACAUGGAGUCAACAGGCAUUAUAUAAUAGAACAUAGGAUGAUUUCUCACACCAUGCAUAAUGUUUGUAGAUAACUAAAGUCCAUGGUUACACUUGCUACUGGUAAAGCUUUAACUAAUCUUAAAGGAGGACGGCAGAUUGGCAGACCCAUAUAGUUUCAUUCAAUCCAUUUUACCGUAUUCGACGUAAUAAGCG